AAAAAAAAAUAAAAACAACAAUAACAAAUCCUCUUUCUAUAAGAGAGGCAUCAACAACCGUUUACUCUUCCUCUCCAUUUCUCUCUGCAACCCUCAUGAAUUUAAACACCCCGAACAACAAAACCCAUAUCUCCGUAUUUGAAAAAACACAGCCAUGAUUACUGGCAAGGACAUUUACGAUGUUCUUGCAGCCAUAGUCCCCUUAUACGUGGCUAUGAUCUUAGCCUACGGUUCCGUUAGGUGGUGGAAAAUCUUCACGCCCGACCAAUGCUCCGGCAUAAACCGCUUCGUCGCGGUUUUCGCCGUCCCAUUGCUCUCCUUCCACUUCAUAUCCUCCAACGACCCUUACGCCAUGAACUACCAAUUCAUCCUCGCCGACUCCCUCCAAAAAGUCGUUAUCCUCGUUGCCCUCUUCCUCUGGCAAGCCUUCUCCAAGCGCGGCAACCUCGAGUGGAUGAUCACGCUCUUCUCCCUCUCCACCCUCCCCAACACCCUCGUCAUGGGCAUCCCUCUUUUACGCGCCAUGUAUGGCGACUUCUCCGGGACGCUGAUGGUUCAGAUUGUCGUUUUGCAGAGCGUGGUCUGGUACACUCUCAUGCUCUUCAUGUUCGAGUACCGCGGCGCGAAGCUGCUCAUCUCCGAGCAGUUCCCGGAGACUGCAGCUUCAAUCACGUCGUUCAAAGUUGACUCUGACGUCGUUUCGCUCAACGGUCGAGAGCCGCUGCAAACCGACGCGGAAAUCGGCGAUGACGGGAAGCUUCACGUGGUGGUGAAAAGAUCGAAUGCGUCGUCUAUGGUAUCUUCCUUCAACAAGUCACACGGGUUGAACUCUUUGAAUUCGAUGACCCCACGGGCUUCGAAUCUCACGGGAGUCGAGAUUUACUCGGUGAAGUCCUCUCGUGAGCCCACCCCGCGGGCUUCCAGCUUCAACCAGACGGAUUUUUACGCCAUGUUUAACGCCAGCAAGGCCCCAAGCCCCAAACACGGAUAUACAAAUAGUUUUCAAGGCGGAUUAGGGGACGUUUAUUCGGUGCAGUCAUCCAAAGGGAUGACGCCGAGAACUUCGAAUUUCGAUGAGGAGGCGAUGAAGAUGAAUAAUAUGAGUUAUAAGAAGAGCGGGGCGAGGAGCAUGAGUGGUGAGAUCUUCAAUGGUGGUCCGGCCUCUCCGUACCCGCCUCCGAAUCCCUUGUUUUCAGGGUCUACGAGUGGUGAGCUGAAGAAGAAAGAUAGCGCUAGUGGUGGCGGUGGUGGUAGUGGUGGGGCAGCGCCUAAUAAGGAGCCUCAUAUGUUUGUUUUGAGUUCAAAUGCAUCGCCAGUUUCCGAAGGGAAUCUUAGACUUGCGGUUGCUUCCACUGACUUUGGCGCGACCGAUCCUUCCAAGGUUGCAGGUCUUCAUCAACAUGAUAGUGCUGCUGCAUCGAAAGGUAUACACGAAUUAAUUGAGAAUAUGAGUCCUGGGAGGAAAAUGAGAGGAGAUAGCGAGCUUGAGAUAGAAGAAGGAUCGAAUAAAUUUCCACCGAGUGUGUCAUCGUACAGUAGUAGUUGCCAAAAGAAGGUUGACAUGGAAGGAGGUGUAGCAAAGAAGCACCAAAUGCCUCCAGCAAGUGUCAUGACUAGGCUUAUUCUCAUCAUGGUCUGGAGAAAGCUCAUUAGAAACCCCAACACUUACUCCAGCCUUCUUGGCGUGGCAUGGUCUCUCAUAUCAUACAAGUGGAAAAUCAAAAUGCCAACAAUUGUAAGUGGAUCCAUAUCAAUAUUAUCUGAUGCUGGCUUAGGAAUGGCUAUGUUCAGUCUUGGAUUAUUCAUGGCCUUACAACCAAAGAUCAUAGCUUGUGGAAAAUCUGUUGCAACAUUUUCAAUGGCUGUUAGGUUCUUAACAGGCCCAGCAGUGAUUGCUGCAACUUCUAUUGCUGUCGGUCUUCGUGGAGUUCUUUUGCAUGUAGCAAUAGUUCAGGCUGCUCUUCCUCAAGGCAUAGUUCCUUUUGUAUUUGCCAAGGAAUACAAUGUCCACGCGGACAUACUUAGCACUGCUGUUAUUUUUGGAAUGCUUGUUGCCUUGCCUGUGACAAUACUCUACUAUAUUCUUCUCGGGCUCUAGUUUCUGAGACAAUCAAGGCAGAAGAAAAACACAUACAACUGUAUAUCCAAGUCAGGGUUAGGUGGAUGGAGAGGAUCAAAAUGUCCUUCAGAAAGAAAAUCAUAUGCAUGCCAUUGGAUUCAGUGUUCAACAAAAUACACACCAUGCUCUGCAUGUGACAACUGAGUACCUUGAUUUAGCGUUCACUUAUAUAUAUUUAAUUUUGCUUCCUCGUGGUAGUAUUAUAUUAUUAUUAUUUUAUUUUUUGGUGCAGAAAUAUUAGUAUAUUAGUUUGG